AUGGUCAACUCCUGCUGUGGCUCUGUCUGCUCUGAGGAGGGCUGUGGCCAAGGCUGCUGCCAGCCCAGCUGCUGCCGCCCCAGCUGCUGUGUGUCCAGCUGCUGCCGCCCCAGCUGCUGUGUGUCCAGCUGCUGCAGGCCCAGCUGCUGCCGUCCCAGCUGCUGUGUGUCCAGCUGCUGCAGACCCACCUGCUGUCGUCCCAGCUGCUGCAGACCCUCUUGCUGCCAGCCCAGCUGCUGCCGCCCCAGCUGCUGCAUCUCCAGCUGCUGCCAGCCCUCCUGUGGUGGUUCCAGCUGCUGCAGUCCUUGCUGCCAGCCCUGCUGCCGCCCCUGCUGCCGCCCCUGCUGCUGCCUGCGUCCAGUCUGUGGUCAGGUCUGCUGCCAGAGCACUUGCUACCGCCCCACCUGUGUCAUCUCCACCUGCCCCCGCCCCAUGUGCUGUGCCACCCCUUGCUGCUGCUGA